AUGGCCAGGCAGGGACCCGCGGUGGGGUGGCCCGGUGGGCAGGGAGGGGGGCUUUUCCCUCCAAAUCAAGGCACCCACUCACCCACCGCGGCACCUCCGUGCCCUCCCCGGCUCGGAGCUCUGUAGGGUUGGUUUUGGGGUGCCCCCCCCGGGUGCUGGUGGGUGCCGGCCCCACCUGCGUGAGCGCUGUAGGGCUCAGCACAUCCCUCCGCAACAGCAACUAUUUAUAGCGGCCCCGGCCCCCCCCAGCCCGGCACGGGCACAGCUCGGUCAUUAACGCCGAAACGAGGGGGGUUAAUUCGGCACCAGCCCCUCGGCGGGGGCUCGUGUCCCCCGGGGCUGUCCCCUGCGGUGGCAGCGGGGUCAGAGGUGGUGGCACGGGGCCGGGAACAGACGCGGGCAUCACCCGCGGGGCCGUCGGAGGGACAAUGCGGCUUUGUGUCCCCGGUACCAUCGGGGAUGGGAAGGCGAGGCAGGAAAACAAGGGGCUGCGGGGACGGCAUGACGCGGUGCCGGCUGGCACUGCCACUGCCGGGGACGGCCACGCCACAGGGACCGGGGCUGCCGGAGCGGGACGAUGCUGCCGGGCAGCCGGUGCCCGUCCCGGAGGCACUCCUGCAUCUGCUUUGACCUGGAGAAUGGCCUCCAAGGCCGGGGCACGCUGGACCCCCAGGCCAGCCCGGGGCUGGUCCUGCAGGGCACCUUCUCCCACGGGCAGCGCCGUGAGUCCUUCCUGUACCGCUCCGACAGCGACUAUGACCUGUCCCCCAAAGCCAUGUCCCGCAACUCCUCCAUCGCCAGCGACCUGCACGGAGAAGACAUGAUCGUCACGCCGUUCGCCCAGGUCCUGGCCAGCCUCCGCACCGUCCGCAGCAACCUCACCCACCUCCAGGACCGCGCCGGCAUCAAGCGAGGAUCCAGCAGCAGCCUGCCCUCCGGGAGCAAGGCCAGCCUGUCCGGUCCCUUGCCAAGCUGGCGGGUGCCCCCAGCAGAAGAUGCCCACCAGAAGCUCUCACGGGAGACCCUGGAGGAGCUGGAUUGGUGCCUGGACCAGCUGGAGACGCUGCAGACCAGGCACUCGGUCAGCGAGAUGGCCUCCAACAAGUUCAAGCGGAUGCUGAACCGGGAGCUGACGCACCUCUCGGAGACGAGCCGCUCCGGGAACCAGGUCUCCGAGUACAUCUCCAGAACCUUCCUGGACAAGCAGCACGAGGUGGAGAUCCCCUCAGCGCUGGCCAAGGACAAGGAGAAGGAGCGGAGGAAGCGCCCCAUGUCCCAGAUCAGCGGCGUCAGGAAGCUCACGCACAGCUCCAGCCUCGCCGCCGCCGGCAUCCCCCGCUUCGGGGUGCGCACGGACCACGAGGGGCUGCUGGCCAAGGAGCUGGAGGACACCAACAAGUGGGGGCUCAACGUGUUUAAAGUCGCCGAGUACUCGGGGAACCGCCCGCUGACCGUCAUCAUGUACAGCAUCUUCCAGGAGCGUGACCUGAUGAAGACCUUCCGCAUCCCCGUCAACACCUUCAUCACCUACAUGCUGACGCUGGAGGACCAUUACCACGCCGACGUGGCCUAUCACAACAACCUCCACGCCGCCGACGUGGCGCAGUCCACCCACGUCCUCCUCUCCACGCCUGCCCUGGAGGCUGUCUUCACGGACCUGGAGAUCAUGGCUGCCAUCUUCGCCAGCGCCAUCCACGACGUCGACCACCCCGGCGUCUCCAACCAGUUCCUCAUCAACACCAACUCGGAGCUGGCGCUGAUGUACAACGACGCCUCGGUGCUGGAGAACCACCACCUGGCCGUGGGCUUCAAGCUCCUCCAGGAGGAGAACUGCGACAUCUUCCAGAACCUGAGCAGGAAGCAGAGGCAGACGCUCCGAAAAAUGGUCAUCGACAUGGUGUUGGCCACGGACAUGUCCAAGCACAUGAACCUGCUGGCGGAUCUGAAGACCAUGGUGGAGACCAAGAAGGUGACCAGCCUGGGGGUGCUGCUGCUGGACAACUACUCUGACCGGAUCCAGGUCCUGCAGAGCAUGGUGCACUGCGCCGACCUCAGCAACCCCACGAAGCCCCUGGAGCUGUACCGGCAGUGGACCGACCGCAUCAUGGUGGAGUUCUUCCGCCAGGGAGACCGGGAGCGGGAGAAGGGGAUGGAGAUCAGCCCCAUGUGUGACAAGCACACCGCCUCCGUGGAGAAGUCCCAGGUGGGCUUCAUCGACUUCAUCGCCCACCCGCUGUGGGAGACAUGGGCCGACCUGGUGCACCCCGACGCCCAGGAGCUCCUGGACACGCUGGAGGACAACCGGGAGUGGUACCAGAGCAUGAUCCGGCGCAGCCCGUCCCCUCCGCCCGAGGCACCCGGCGCGUCCCCCGCCAACACCGACAAGUUCCAGUUCGAGCUGACCCUGGAGGAGGAGGAGGAGGGUGAGUCGGACACGGAGCUGGAGGGGCCUGAGAGCCCCUUGGACGAGGACAACAGCGGCUCCAAGACACCGGGCACGGACGACUCGGAGUCGGCCGACACCAGGCGCUUGUCCCCCGGCCCCGGGGAGCGGGACUCGCCCCUGCCCCGCCCCAGGGACGUGGACAACCGGCGGGCGCUGGAGGGGACGCUGCCCAAGGACGGUGGCGGCGGGUGCUCCGUGCCAGGGCCCGAGGACAGCCAAGGGCUGUGCCUGGACACGGAGGGCAACGUCACAUUCCUGUCCCUGGGCACGUAGCGGCACCGGCCGGUGGGUCCCCUCGCUGCCACGGGGACGUGGGACUGGGCUCUGGCCCUGGCCGGUGUUGGGGACAGCGGGGAGCUGGCAGUGGCACCACACAGGGCGUGGAGGGCCCCAAAUCAUGUCCCCGUGCGGGGUCUGGGCAGGUCCUGAUGGACAGGAAGGCACUGCUCGCCCUCUCCCAUCUCCCACCAGCUGCUGGGAAAGGUCCCUGUCCCCUUCAGGCAAGGCUUGGGGACACUGUGCUCUGGCUCCAGCCCAGCCCUGAGGACAUCACACCCCACAGGGCUCCAGGAAGGAGUCCCCCACAGGGCUGGGGCACAGCCAAAAGCAUUCCAGCACUUUUCCAGGUGGCCCCUCGCAGGACAGCAGCCCCACAGUGGGAGGGGGAGGUGGGUGAAGGGUGCUGGUGACACCCCCAGCACGAGGGACCCCCAGGCACCGGCGCACGGCACGGGCACGAGUCAGGGGUUUAUUUAUUUGGGGACAGGUUCACUUUUUAAAGCCUUUUGUAGCUCACUUUUUACUCCAAGCCUCUCCGAGGCCGCACUCACGUGGAUAUUUGGGGCGGAAAGACACGUUUUUCGGGGUGGAAAGUUGCAUUUCUGCUCUGUGAUCACUGAAAAUGCUGCGUUUUUACUUCACACUUCGGUCCCUGGUGGGUGCUGUGACUCCCCCACCCCCGUGUCUCCGUCAUCCUGCCCGGGGACAGCCCCCCAGGAUCCUUUUGGGUUUUCCUUCACCUUUCCAGAGAUUAAACCUGGUUUGUUCCACCCUAAA